CGCAAGUCAUGGCAGCGCGUUGGCUGAUAAUGAAUUAGAAUCGUGGUAGGACCCUAUCACAUUCGACCUUCGACCCUCUCUUCUUGGUCUCUUUCAAAGUCCUUAAAAGUGCGGCAACGACGCUCGGCUACGCACGCGCGCAUGUCAUGAACGAGACAAAACGGGACAUAUUGUGUGUAUACUCGAACUAAAUGUGUAUUAUUCACGGUGAGCGUUCAGUUAGUCGGUUCGUGAUCGUCCCUCAUGUCGUAAAUACGCGAUUCCCCGUUGCUUUCAACUUUCUUUGCUAAGAGUUCGUCUGAGUGCUGCGUCUGUGAAGAUCUAGGGGUGUGCGCAACGCGAAUCAGUAGAAUGGCCCAGUUCACCAAGAGGCAAUGGCUCACCCUAAUCGUCAUCAGCAUUGCUGAUUUUGCGAAUGCCAUCUGCGUUUCACUACAAGCGCCGUUCUACCCUCAAGAGGCUGAAAAGAAAGGCGCAUCACCUUCGGAAUAUGGCUUAGUCUUCGGAAUUUUUGAACUCGUCGUCUUUGUUAUUAGCCCGUUUUACGGACAGCACCUUAAUCGAAUCGGCCCCAAGUUUUUAUUCAAUGGUGGUAUCUUGACUACAGGAACCUGUGCCAUAUUCUUCGGUUUAUUGGACAAAGUUAACGGUCAUUAUCCUUUUAUAAUACUAUCAUUUUUGAUCAGAAUAGUGGAGGCACUGGGGAAUGCUGCAUUUCUAACAGCUAGCUUCGCCAUUAUCGCCAAAGAAUUUCCCGACAAUGUCGCCACGACAUUCGCCAGUUUAGAAACUUUUUUCGGCUUAGGACUUAUCGUUGGUCCUACCGUGGGAGGUGCACUUUAUCAGGUUGGUGGAUACACUACUCCAUUUGUUGUCCUUGGCUCAGCCUUAUUCUUGGCAGCUGUCAGCACUGCAUUUAUUCUACCCAUGCACAAUGAUAGUGACCGAGCUGAAAGCAAUACCGGAGGAAUGACAAAGGUUCUGAAAAUUCCUGGCGUAAUGAUCGCCUCUAUGUCAAUAAUCGCGACAAGCAUGAGUAUCGGAUUUUUGCAAGCAACUUUGGAACCGCAUCUGAGGCAAUUUAACUUGAGCCCGGUUAUAUUAGGAUUAAUGUUCAUCAUUAAUGGCGGCACAUACGCAAUAACUGCGCCGGUGUGGGGUUGGCUUUGCGACAAAUAUUGGCAUCCAAAGAUGGCAACCAUUGCCGGUUGUAUUCUCGUAAUGAUCGGUUUCUCUUUGGUUGGUCCGGCACCAUUUAUUCCAUGGCCUACCUUAAUCUGGAUGCCCAUCACCGGCCUCGUGAUCCACGGCUUAGGCAUGGCUGCUCAACUGGUUGCAAGCUUCACGGAUGCCUUGCGAACAUCUAUAUCGUACGGAUUUCCAAAUAAUUUUGAGACUUAUGGUCUCAUAAGUGGAUUGUGGACAAGUACUUUCGCCCUUGGAGCAUUCAUUGGCCCUAGCGUUGCUGGAAUUCUUUUGGAUAGCAUCGGUUUUAGAAACGGUUCUAUGUUUAUCGUCUUACUUCACAUGUUAGUGGGCGUGAUAGCCACGGUGUUUCUAAGCAGCUGUUCUCGCGGACCCAAGCCAUAUACUGACGUCGGCACCGUCGAGAAUCUCAGAGUCCCUCUGAUGGAUAGCGUCCGAUCGAGCAGCGGCAGUUUGCAACAGAACGGACGGGGUCAAAGUGUACCAAUCGACAGAUCUGGCGGCAUGAAUUCGCUGAUCGUGUGCAACAGUUAUUCGAAUAGAGCCGGCGCAUGGUCCAGGGCUUCAUACAGCGGUCGCUAUUCGCAUAGCUACGGAUCUAUAGAGACCAAAAGAUACUUGGAGCUCACUACGUGAUCUUAACCGAUUAUCCUUAUAUCUAAGAACAACAAUAUGCGAGCAGAAUGUUGCUCUUGCGUCCAUCAUCGUUCUCACUCUUUGACUGUCAUCCAAAUGUCACAGUUUCCGCGAUAUCGAUCGGAAACGUGAGGGACUAUUCGUUUUCAGAAAAAGUAUAUAGACCGAAAAUUAAUGUCUCAUUUUAGUCUUUUUAUAUAAAUUUAAUUUUAUGUUAAUUAAAUAUUAUAUUAAUCAAAUUUAUAUUUGAAAUUAUAUAAUAAUAUCCAUUGCGAUGGCAUAUAUAUGAAAUAAUACUAUACUAUAAAUAGUAAUGUAAUUCUUUAUAUCAUGAUCCAUGGCUAUAAUAGAUUUACUUCAAAUUAUGGCAAUAUCACGAGAAAAUGAUAUAAAGAAACAAUCAAAGAGAUAUGCUGAAUUUUUAUCAUAAGCGUAGUGAUUAAUUCGCGAUAAUUAUAUGUUAUUUCAUACAAGUACAAUUCUUUUUAUUGCUUUCUAAGCUGUCUUAAAUUUUUAAUCUUAAAAUAAGUUUUAAAAAAAAUUAUAAAAAUAUUUUCUAGUAAUAGCAAUUAAAUAAAUUGAUGAAUCUAUAUAUCCUCGAGAGAGAUAAUUUUAGAUUAAUACGUGCAAAUCUCGAUACAUUUAAUGCAUGUAUGUCUAUAUUUAAUUAAAAAUUCAAAGAUUGCGAUAUAUAAAAGUUAUAUUUAAAUAAGUCAAAUAGUUAAUAUCGAUAAGAGCGAGCGAGAUACACGCUGUUGCAAACGCUUCCAAGCAGUAUUCAUUCAGGGUGCAUUAUUAGCUCGAUUUACUUUAAUAGGCUCAUAUUCAAUACCAUUUCUCCUUUUGUCAAGUGUUCGAUCCGAAACUUCGAACCUUCCGCUACUUAGCAAGAUUACUGCCACUACGAUAAUAGCGUUUACUCGAGAGGAAAUCGACUCGUAUCACAUAUGAGGCUUGUACGUUGCAAACAGUGGCUAUAAUACACUAUCAGGUUUAUACUUGG